UGGAAAAUGCGCCAAAAUUUGACGUUGCUUGUUUGUGUUUGUGGUGUUUUUGUGCGAUAUUGUUGUGAAAUCCAAAAACCGGAUUGGAAAACAAAAUAGAGUUGCAACUGCUAAAAAUUGUUAAUCUGGAUGAUUAAUUAUUUUGCAAAGGAGAUUGAAGAUGGAGGAACAAAUUGAAGUGGAACAGUGUCCCAUAAAUUACCGUUUUAAGACCAUAAUCACGAAAUUGAAGGAUCUCAAAGCUAAGGAAGCUAAUACAAAGGAGAUCUUCAGCACAGUGAUGGAAUUCCUAGCAGAUCUUCCAAAAUUGAAGGCGAAACAUUUGGUGGAGACAGUUGAAUUCUGUGAAGAGUUGAUUCGGGAUCAGGAAUCCUCUUUCAUUGCUUGGAAAGAUAUAAUGCCACCCACUGUAGUUGCUAUUAAUGAACUCCCGGAGAUCAAUGUCAACGGGAUUUCAAUGGCUGGUGGUGAAUACCGUCAGAAGAUCAUUCUUUCCUUGACAACACUGAAAUGGAAUAAGCAAAUUGUAAUUCCGUUGGCUGAGAUGUUCAGGGAAUUGGUGAUCACGAAGGAGGAGAGGGAAAAAGUUAUGAAGAAAUUGUGUGAAUCUCUUCCAAAAAUCACUCCAGCGGAAAUCCCUUCACUGGCCUAUCAAUUGUUUUCUCUCUGCAAGAACCCUACACUUCUUCUCAUGCCAAUCUUGAAUCUCCAGAGGUAUUUCAAUAUAUUCCACUACCAGAAGGCGUACGAAGAUGUCCAGAGCAAUACUACAGACUUUGAUGAAGCUGAGAUACAUUCGGACAAGGAGAUGAGGAAUUUCGAAGAGACUGUUUUGUAUCAUCUGAACAACAUUACAGAGUUUUCCAUGACGGAAAAAGAGAUUGUGGCAACUUUUCGAGCUCUUGCAGCCACACCGAAUUAUAUCCUUACACCUUUUGUCACCACAGCUAUCCUGACAAUCUCCAAGAUCAAUCGACAAAUUGAUAUGAAUCGCUUGUCUACAUCUAUAUCCCUCUCCUUUUUGCGAUCUGUGAUCAAGAAUGCUGAGAAGGAGAAGGAAAUGGCCAGUGAAUCUGCUUGGUGUCGAAGCACAUUCAACAGAAACUUCAUCAAUAUUGAGAAACUAUUUGAGAUCUUAUUUGAACAGAGCAAAGUCGGAAUGGAUGUAGUGACUCCAGGUUUUGUUGGACUACUCUUCAUCUUGCUGAAAUCAAAGAAUCAAAGCAGUCUCAACACUCUGGCCGUCAGUCUUCUGCAGCAAUUCCUGCGAAAAAGGCCACAAUUUGGCCGUGGAAUUGUCAAACACCUUCUAGAAUUUCUCAUGGCCAACUACGAAGCACCCCAGUUGGCUGAAUGUAUGAAUAAUCUCAGUCUUACUAGCACCCUUGCGGUUUCCGAAUGCAUGGACGGCCUGAAGAAUCUCAUGGACUUCCUCCUGAUGAUUCCAGGACUUCAGGCCAUGAGAAUUGUCUCAUUCAUCUAUCCCCUGAUCAGAAUUUCCUACGUCACGAGGGACUAUUUGAUAGAUACCCUGAGGAAGGCAAUGUUUUCGCACGAUGAAUGGACCAGAACCUUUGGUAUCUAUGGCUUUUGUACACUCCUCAAGCACCUGAAGAACAGCAAUUCACGGCGCAUUGGCUCAAGCAAUGUCGGGAUUAUGAGUCAAAUCAGCAUUUCAGGUUUUUCCAUGAUGUCCCAAUCAACUCUGGGGAAUCGUGGUAAUCCCAAUCGGGACUUUGAUAUGCUAACAAUGGAAAUUCUUGGUAUUCUCCGAAAGGUCUUUGACGAAAAUAUCCAAAUGAAAGAGAUUCUCUAUGAUACUCUCCUAAGAGCAGUUGAUCAAAACACCCAGCUAGCUCCUCAUGUUCUCUUUUUCAUCGACUUCCACUUCCGGAAUUACUUUGAAGUGGAUCAGCUCAAUUUCACCAUAAAAUUCCGGGAAUUUAUCACAGAAUCAGAAGACAAGAUUGAAGUAUGGGACAAUCUUGGAGCCCUAAUCUACUUUGUGGGAUUCUGUGUGGUCACAUGUGAUAAGUUCGAACUGCAGUACGAUACGGGAAUUCUCAAGGAUCUCCUGGAAUCGCUGAUCAAUCGCAUUGCAGAUGUCACUUUGGAGAGUUUGGGUGUUUCAGGAACAGCCUCUCCGCUCAACAUUGCCAUCGGCACUCACUUUGUCCAGUGCCUGGAGGGAGUGAUGGCAUACUGUGCUCUGGCUUCAACUCCCUCAAAUCAGUAUAUAGGGAAAAUUGGAAAGAUCUUCGAGCACUACGAGAAGUGCAACAAAACCCUAAAGGAUAUGUGGGAGUCAGUGAAGAAAUCGGCAGGAAAGAAGGGCAAAAAGGGCAACAUGACUAAAACCACAAUGAUCACUCAGCAGAUGUCUCAAUUACCACAAUUUUCAGCUGGAAAGCGUUCAAGCAUUUGGGAUUUUGCUACGUUGGAGAGAUUCCUGAUCGUUAUCUAUGAGAAAGCCGGAGUUUUUGGAUCAACUCAGCAUAUAACUUCCGUUAGGGAAAAUCGCGAGUUUCACUGUCACGUCUUAAGGAUGACCAGAGAUUUUAUUAGAGAUUUUCCCUCUCAGCCAGAAUAUAAGCAUGUGGCCAAUAGUCGACGGCUCUCAAUGCUUCUCUGUUCUUGUUCAAAGACCCUCUUUGAACACUGCGUAAAGAGAUUAUUUUCCAUUAUGGAGAGAUUUGACGUGGAAGCAGCAAUGUUGGGAGUAGAGGCAUUCAAGCAGUGCCUUGUCACGGCAAAUGUUGUGUACAAAAGGAAACUGGCAGAGAUUUUGCGAAUUGUGACGGGUCAGAAUCAGUCAAUUCCAGAAAAUAUUUCCAUUCUGGUGGCAGUGAUUCAGGAACUUCUGGAGAAAUGCAUGGAGGAGACAUCUCUCUUUGACAUUGAUGCCAAUUCUCGUCAAAUUCCGGGAAUUUUGCUCACAUGUCUGGAGAUACUCUACUCACACAUUCCACCAGAACGACCAGAAUCACCGGAUGCAUUCAAUUGGCUCCACAAUUUUUGCCAGAAGUAUUCUAUUGUGGGAAAAAAUCUGGAGAAUGUGCACAAAAUGCUUUUUGUGCAGCAUCUGAAGACAGAUGAGGGAUUUUUUCUCAAUUCUGUGGCUUCACAGUUGAGUGAUGUAAUGGGUGUAAUUGGAUGUGGACCAGAUAAUCCUACUCCGUCGAAUCUUGAGUCCAUUGAGGAGGACACUGCUGAGAGUUGCCUCUUGCAUUUGUUGCAGGUAUUGAGGAAGGAAGUGACAGAUGUUGACUAUCUGAUCAUGAAGGUUAAGAGUAUCCUGGCCAAGUUGAAAAUCAUGGGAACGAUGAAUGAUGAUGAACAUAUUGAGCCUCUGGUUGGGAUGGAGAGAGCAGUUUGUAUGCAUCUUAUCAAGGUGGCAAAUUGUAUGCUCACACUUUCGAAUAUCCAGAUCAAGUUGGGAGCUCCCGUUGAGACCAUUCUUCGGCUGAUUAUCUCCUUCUAUGGGGCAGUUACCAGUGUGACUAAACACUUUAUUGUUAGGCAUCCACUGAUUCCUGUUAAUUUUUCAGUCACGCGUUUUGAGAAGUUAGUUCAAGUUAGCGGAGGAUCUUUGGCCAAGGGAUGCUAUCAACUGAUCAAGUACAUUUAUGAUCAAUUAUCACCAGAAUCUGAAGAAGAUGCACCCGCCAGAGGAGCCAAGAAGAAGGAAUCUGUGGCUAUUGUGGUGAGAAAUACCCGGUAUUUGUCCACAGUGAUCCGUGAAAUGGAGAAUUUCAACAAAUUCGUGAGGAUGCUUGGCAGAAAAUCAAAGAACAAAGUGCUCGAGAAGUAUCUCCAUGAGGACUGUGUCAGGGAUUUUCGUAUCAAGGCAGAUAGGCUCAAGGAUGCCAUGCCUGGUGACAUUGAGGAAUAUUCUUCGCCUGAAAGUGAUGAGGAAUGCAAUCCCAAUUCUUCCAGUGACAACGAAGACUCUCAGGAAAUCCAAGCAACAGGCAGUAGUGCAUCGAGCACAGUUCAGGAUGUUGUCCCGGAAUCUGAUCAUGAGGAUGCUAUUCGUCAGAAUGUCCGGAAAAUCCGCAACAAGACCAAGAAAAAAUCCUCAGAAUCCGAUAAAGAAGAAUCUCCCCCGAAGGCUGUCAAGAAAACGAAAGCCCCAGUGAAAUUAAACAAGAGAGCAGCAGGGAUUGUUGUAAAGUCCACCAGGAAGAAGCCGCAAGAGGAUUCAGCGACGCCUCCAGUUGCCAAAAGACUCAGAAAGUCAAAGUAAUUUUUAUAUUUUUUUUUAUUCAUGGAAAUUAUGGGCACAUAAGUGAAUUCAAUUGGAACGAAUAAAUUAUGGAUUAUGAAGCAA